AUUGGAAAGAAAAUAAAAAUAACAUUAUAUUUUAAAGAAGCAAUCAAAAGUUUAUAUAUACUGACUACCGUCUCCGGCAAGAAAAGAGGGAAAAAAUUAACAAUCAGUUGUUGGGUUUUUAGGGUUCUCAUUCGAAUUGGAGCCUUCAAGCCAUGGAUGGAAAUUUGAACGAUAAUGCAUCUUUGCGUGCUCGGAUCAAAGAGUUGGAACGCGAGCGUGAUGAAUUGCAUAAAGAUAUUGAACAGCUAUGCAUGCAACAAAGUGGACCUAGCUAUAUUGGGCUGCCUACUCAUGUGCCUCUUCAUAGGAUAGCUGGGUUGGAGCAGGAGACUGAAAACUUGAAAAAGAAACUAGCUGCUUGCACAAGAGAAAAUCAGAAUCUUCAAGAAGAGCUUUCAGAAGCUUAUCACAUCAAAGGUCAACUGGCUAGUCUACACAGUGCAGAAGUUUCCAAGAAUAUUGAAGCAGAAAAGCAGCUUAAGUUUUUUCAAGGCUGUGUUGCUGCUGCAUUUUCUGAGCGGGACCAUGCUGUAAUGGAGGCUGAAAAGGCUAAGGAAAAGGAGGAGCUUAUUUCAAGAGGAUUUCAAGAACUUCAGCAGAGGAUUGAAGAGCUGCACUGUGAAUUACUUGAAGAGAAAAUAUUGACGGCUACUUUGCAGAGUGAGAUGGACGGGGAAGAGAGGUUGGAUUUGGCUUUCAAGGAGGUUGUUCACAAGUUCUAUGAGAUCAGACAGCAGUCAUUGGAGGAUAUUGAAGAAGAUGUGUCCUGGGAAGACAAAUGUGGGUGCCUCCUGCAUGAUUUGUCUGAAAUGUGGACUUUCAGCAAUCCUGAGGAAACAUCCACCUUGAAGUACAUUAGUGCUCUGGAAGAACAAGUGGAGACACUACGAAAAUCUUUGGAUAAUCUUCAGAACAAGCUACAAGUAGGUCUUGAAAUAGAAAAUCACUUGAAGAAAAAAGUGCGCAUACUGGAAAAACAGAAAAUUCUUUCAGAAGAGAAGCUCCGGGCUCAAAUAUCGGCAUUUCGCCUCUAUCAUUCUCAGCAUAAAAUUGAUAUUACGAGCUUACUUGAUGAGGGAUUUUCUCAUAUUAAAUCAGCUGUGAACAUGGUGGACGAAAAGCUCAAGGACUGCAGCAUGAGUGAGAGAGACAUAAAUUCCUCUCAAGUAGAUAAUUUGAAAAAUGAACUUGAACAUCAAGAUGUUCGGGUAAACAAUGAUGAUGGUUCAGAGUUGAUCUUUAAGAGGAAUCAGCCUAGCUUGACAACUACCAUUGCUGUUGGAAAUAGUGAUGCUUCAAAGGCUCUCGCUGUGGCACUAAAUGAGAAGGUUGAGACUUUACUACUUCUCUCACAACAAGAAGAAAGACACUUGUUGGAGAGGAAUGUCAAUGCAGCUCUGCAGAAGAAAAUUGAGGAUCUCCAGAGGAACUUACUUCAAGUUACAAAUGAAAAGGUCAAAGCCCUCAUGGAGUUGGCAGAGUUGAAGCGGGACCAUCAGUUAUUGCAAGAGAAAGUUAAUCAGGCCUCUAGACAAGGAAAAUCUCUUGGUGAGAUUGCAGUGAAAAAGACUCUUCAGGAAAAAGAUGGAAGAUUGAAAAAUCUGCUGAAAACUUCUUAUCUGAGACGCUGGACUGGUUUACAAGAUUCAGAUGGAAAUGAUGCUGACAUUCAUCGAGAUUCUGAAGCCAACAACAUGGAUUUUGCAAGGAUGAAGAUAGAGAAUGCAACUCUAAAAGAGAGCUUAGAGAGUAUGGAGCAUCUAAUUCGUGCAGUUAGGAGGCUUCGCCUUUCACUUUUAAAGUUUAAAGAGCCAGCUGCAUCCAAAGGUAUGGAGAACUGCUCCUCGGAGUCAUUGGACAAUAUUAUUAAUGAGGCAAGUCAGUUAAAAACUGCACUUGGAAUCUCCCUCCCUCUUAGUUGGUCAGUGGAGGCAGAUUCGGGAUCAUCCAGCAGACGUGUUGAAGAGGAGAUGGAUAACGGACACUCUACACGUGAAAACAUGGACUUUGUCUCGGCUGCUGGAUUUGAGAUGGUUGAGCUUCUGGUGUUUGUUGCACAACUAUUGAAAGAGUACAAAUGUAGUUGACGCGAAGGAGGUGUUGAUUGAAUUGGGGUAUGGUUUGGAAGAAGUUUUUUGUAUAGUAACUUUGGAUUUUGGAAGGUACAAAAGCUAUUGUUGUAACAUAACUAAACUAUUAGAAGCUUUCUCAGUUAUCUUUUUUUAAACAUACAGAGACAUGAUUUUUUGCUGGAUAAAUCACCAUUUUUUGAUGUGAGAUAGACGGGGAAAUUUGAAAAAGA